AUUAUUGGCUCCUCUUCUUCUCUUCUUCUAGACCAUACGGUCCAUACAUCAUACAUCUAAACAGGCAGCAAAGAGGACUAAGAUCCAUUCAUCCAUACCCCCAAACCAUCCGUCUCUGUAACUGUAACUGUUAAUUCAACGUAAUUUUUCAGAUCCGUUAGUAAAUUUUUGCAAUCCAAACAAAAAUGUCUUCAAUCUUUAACGGCGAUGAAACUGCUCCCUUUUUCGGCUUCCUCGGCGCCGCUUCUGCCCUCGUUUUCUCCUGUAUGGGUGCUGCGUAUGGAACGGCGAAGAGUGGGGUAGGUGUAGCGUCGAUGGGAGUUAUGAGGCCGGAGCUGGUGAUGAAGUCGAUCGUGCCAGUGGUUAUGGCUGGAGUGUUGGGUAUUUAUGGGUUGAUUAUUGCUGUGAUUAUCAGCACUGGGAUUAACCCCAAGGCAAAGGGUUAUUAUCUGUUCGAUGGCUAUGCGCAUCUCUCUUCAGGCCUCGCUUGUGGCCUUGCUGGUCUCUCAGCUGGAAUGGCAAUUGGGAUUGUUGGCGAUGCUGGCGUCAGGGCUAAUGCACAGCAGCCAAAGCUUUUUGUUGGGAUGAUCCUUAUUCUCAUCUUCGCUGAAGCUUUAGCCCUUUAUGGUUUAAUCGUUGGAAUUAUUUUGUCUUCACGAGCUGGCCAGUCUAGAGCUGACUGAGGAGUUGGCUUAAGUAGUUCGACUGCAAUGUUUAAUGUUAUGGAGAAAUUUGAUUCUUGGCAGGCUUAGUUAAAUCUUUCAUACGCGCCCUAUUUAUGACCAUGAAUGUUCUUGCCAUGGUAGCUUCGUGAUGAUUGUAGAAUUGUUAGAAGUACCUUUUUCUCCCUUUGCUGAAUAAGAGCUUAAAUGGAUGUGGAUGUUGGAUUAAGCGAAUUUAUUUUUGGCAAUUAUGAACCCUGUGGAAAUAUAUUUAUUCGAAAUUAGUGUGCACCUAUAGUUUUCCUUCC